AUGAUAUCAGUUUUACCAUGCGAAUUGAACGAAGACGAUACAUUUGAAGGUACUGAAUCGGGUGAGAUAUCGAUGGACACGCUUGAAAUGGUAAAUUAUGAACAAUGUUCAUCAUGUGUUAUGGAAAUUGAAACUGCAAUUGCAACAUCUGUUAGAGAGGUGGAAACAGGUACUAAUCCAGAUUGCGGAACUGAGAUUACGGAGAAUCUUCAGGACUCGUUGAUCGAGGCCAAGAUGGAAAUACCUUUUAUGCGUAAAUCUGUAAAAUCCCAACUAGCACAAGCCCUCGAGAAAAGUGUUCAGUCCUCUGGAGAAAACCAGCAAGCCAUGCAUGUUCUCGAUUGCGGAGCCCCUAUUCAUAAAGUGAAAUGGCAGAAGAAGGUUACAUACAAAGACAUAGCUGUGCAAUAUGUAAACUAUGUGCGUACAAGAUAUCGCGACUGUUGUAUUGUGUUUGAUGGUUACGGACAGGGUCCGACAAUUAAAGAUCACAAGCACCAGCGAAGAAUUGGUAAAACAUGCGCUGAAAAUAUAAAGGCUCACAGUGAUCAGCAGACCUUCCUCUCGAACGAGAAAAACAAAAGUCAGUUCAUCGCGUUGCUGAAUCGAUGCUUGGAAGCUGAUGGCCAGAUUUUGCAUAACAGCACGGGAGAUGCUGACACAUUGAUAGUGGAAACUGCUGUUCUAUUUGCAAGACAAGAAAGAGAAAGAGAAGUAUAA